CCUGUUUAGAAAAUUUUCAGAAAAUUUCGUAAAAAAUCUCAUAUAAACCAUCAUUUAGACCUUAUUUAACAUCGAAUUUAGAUAAUAUCUGAGCAUGGCGAUAGCCAGACCUCCUGGCCAAGAUAUUGACCAUAACUGGCCUGAGAGUGCCGAAUGUUUGACCCUAGAUUUCGGGCCUUUUGAAACCGUCCACAGAUGGAAGCGAAUGCCAGAAUGUGAUGAAUUUGUGGGCGCCAGACGAAGCAAGCACACUGUUGUGGCAUGUAAGGAUGCCAUCUAUGUCUUUGGUGGUGACAAUGGGAAGAACAUGCUGAAUGAUCUACUGAGGUUUGGGGUAAAGGACAAAUCAUGGGGCAGGGCAUUUACCACAGGCACCCCUCCAGCUCCUCGAUACCACCAUUCAGCAGUUGUUCAUGAAGGCAGCAUGUUUGUCUUCGGUGGUUACACUGGUGACAUCCAUUCCAACUCCAACCUGACCAACAAGAAUGAUCUUUUCGAGUACAAGUUUGCCACUGGUCAAUGGGUUGAGUGGAAAUUUGAAGGAAGGAGGCCAGUGGCCAGAGCUGCACAUGGUGCUGCUGUGUAUGAUGGCAAACUGUGGAUAUUUGCUGGUUAUGAUGGCAAUGCUCGGCUCAAUGACAUGUGGACCAUCUCACUGAUUGGGGGUUCAAGACACUGGGAAGAGGUGAACCAGCGAGGUGACAUCCCUCCGACUUGUUGUAACUUUGCGCUGACUGUAGCAAGAGACAGUAUGUUUGUGUUCUCGGGGCAGAGUGGGGCCAAAAUCACCAACAACCUAUUCCAGUUUGACUUCAAUGAGAAAACCUGGACCCGAAUCUCGACUGAGCACAUCUUGCGUGGUGCUCCCCCUCCACCAGAGAAGAGGUACGGCCACACCAUGGUCUCUCACGAUAGACAUCUGUAUGUGUUUGGAGGAGCCACAGGACAGACCUUACCAAAUGAUCUUCACUGCUAUGACUUGGAUUCCCAGACCUGGUCCAUUGUUCGCCCAUCAGCUGAUAGUCACGUGCCAAGUGGCCGUCUUCUUCAUGCUGCUGCAGUCGUUGGUGAUGCUAUGUAUAUAUUCGGCGGGACGGUCGAUAACAACGUGCGCAGUGGAGAGAUGUUCCGUUUCCAGUUUUCCAGCUAUCCUAAGUGCACCCUGCAUGAGGACUAUGGUCGUCUCCUUGAAAGCAAGCAGUUCUGUGACGUUCACUUUAUGGUUGGGCCGAUUCCUGAGGUAGUGCCCGCUCACAUUGCCCUUGUGGCGGCCCGGUCAUCUUGGCUGAGGAACAAGAUCAGAGAAGCUCGCCAGGCUCUCGCUGUUCCCUUGGAAGAAGGAGAGGAAGAGAUGGUGGGUCCUGCCAAAGAUAUGCUUCAAGUUGACCUGAUCGAUGCCACGGCAGAUGCGUUUGAAAUGGUGCUAUCGUAUAUUUACACGGACAGAAUCCACCCAGUACAGAAAGUGGGUCAGGAACCUCACAGUAACGGUGUGAUUCUGCUCAUGAUGGAUGUCUACAGACUUGCCCUACAGUUCCACAUGACGAGGCUCGGUCAACUCUGUGUUCAGUAUUUAGAGGCUUGUAUCGGCCAUCGGAAUGUACUCAUAGCUUUACAGAAUGCGGCUAGGCUGAAGCUGGACUUCAUCAAGGAAUACUGUCUGAAGUUCAUUGUCAAAGAGAGCAACUACAAUCAGAUUGUUAUGAGUAAAGAGUUUGAGACAUUAGAACAGACACUCAUGGUGGAGGUGAUCCGCCGCAAACAGCUGCCCCCUGUACGGAUACUCCCAGAACCAAAGAUUGAUUGCAUCACAAUGAACUCGUUAGAGAAAGACCUGGAGUUGUUCCUGAAGGGAAUUGGUCACGAGUUCUGUGACAUCACCUUGAUGCUGGAUGGCAACCCGAUUCCUGCACACAUGGCCAUCUUGGCAGGAAGAUGUAGUUACUUCGAAGCAAUGUUCAGAUCAUUCAUGCCGGAGGACAACACAGUGCAGAUUGCUAUUGGUGAGAUGGUGCCUUCAAGUCAAGCAUUUGACAGCCUUCUGCGGUACAUCUAUUUUGGAGAUGUGACCAUGCCUCCGGAGGACUCCCUCUACUUGUUCUCUGCACCGUAUUUCUACGGUUUCACCAACAACCGAUUACAGGCCUACUGCAAACACAACCUGGAGAUGAACGUAUCAUUUGAGAACGUGGUUCAGAUCCUGGAAGCAGCUGAUCGCAUCCAAGCUGUUGAUAUGAAGAAACACGCUCUCAACAUCAUCGUCCACCACUUCUCAAAGGUUGCUAGGCUACCACAAAUCAGACGUCUCAACCGCGACCUCCUCCUCGACAUUGUCGAUGCACUUGCAGACGACAUGAGCGAGAAUCGUCUGCUGCCGGACAUUUCAUUGAUCUCACUCAAUGCAAUGGACUCCAGCAACUUAUGACAGCUAACCUGGCUCGAUGAAGACCUUGAUUAGAUUCCUCACUAGGGCGAGCCACUCUCGAUAUUAAAGGACAUUUUAGUUUUGUUGACGACAUGUUAAGUUGCGGUAGUCAUUAUCCAAUACUAUUAUCUUGAUUCUGUUAUGGGAUUGUUUUGAGAUGGUAACCAUGGUUAGACGAUUUUGUUACUGUUGGCUUGCUUUGUUUUCAACGGUGCACUCGUUAUUGAUACAUGGAAGGAAUUGAAAUGAAGACUGUGGAAAAGAAAGCGUUUCCAGGACCAAUAGUAAGGCUGCGUUCUAAUAUGAUGCUGGGUUGUGGAAUUGAACCUGUGGAUGGAAAUGUCAUGAUAUAUUUGUUCGAUGUAACUCAUUAAUAUGUUACUUAAGUAAUGAGUAGUCCGUCUGAUCUUGUGAUGCAUUACUCGCUUCUGUGCUUCAGAUGUACCAGACACCGUGUUCCAGUUGAGGAGUAAUUUAUGCUUUUCUUUGCAGAAAUGCAGGUUUGUAAAACACUGUCAUUCUAUUCAUCCAAGCCUAAAUCAUAGUCAUAUUGUUGAAGAGUCAAAUCGUAUCUGCGAGACGGUCUCUUUUUUUGG